AUGUCUGUAUAUUAUAAAUUUCAACUUAUCUGUUCAUCUUCCCUUGUGAUUUUCAAACAAUUUAUACAUUCUGUUUUGAACUUUUUUCGUACACAGAACUUUUAUAUGGUAGGUAGAGACAAGAGUAGAACCUUUUGGAGAGUAUUAAAGAUAGAUAGAUUAGAGCCUUCUGAGCUGAAUAUUCUUGAGGAUUCUACCACAUACUCAGAAGGUGAAUGUUACGAUUUGUUGAAGCGGAUACAUGAAGGGAACAUGUCCACGGGUGGACUUAAGUUUGUCACCACUUGUUAUGGAAUCGUUGGGUUCAUUAAAUUUUUGGGGCCGUACUACAUGCUGCUUAUUACGAAAAGAAGGCAGAUUGGUGCAAUUUGUGGCCAUACAGUAUAUGCAGUCACCAAGAGCGAGAUGAUUCCACUGCCAAAUCCUACUGUGCGGUCAAAAAUGGCUAAUUUUAAGAAUGAGAACAGAUACAAGAAGCUCCUGUGCACAGUGGAUCUUACAAAGGACUUCUUUUUCAGCUACUCAUACCAUGUUAUGCGUAGUCUUCAAAAGAACUUAUGUGAUAAUCAGACAGGACAAGUCCUUUAUGAAACAAUGUUUGUCUGGAAUGAAUACUUGACCAGAGGAAUACGAAAUCACCUCAAGAAUACUCUAUGGACAGUUGCUUUGGUCUAUGGAUUUUUUAAACAGGCUAAACUUUCAAUUUCUGGGAGGGAAUUUAAAUUCACUCUCAUUGCUAGGCGCUCACGUCAUUUUGCUGGCACCAGGUAUCUCAAACGAGGUGUAAAUGAGAUGGGUAGAGUGGCUAAUGAUGUUGAGACAGAGCAGAUUGUCUUUGAAGAUGUUCCUGAAGGAUGCCCGACACAAAUAAGUUCUGUUGUGCAGAACCGGGGCUCGAUUCCCCUAUUCUGGUCCCAAGAAACUUCACGCUUGAAUUUAAAACCUGAUAUUAUAUUGUCUAAGAAGGAUCAAAAUUAUGAAGCUACUAGACUACAUUUUGAGAAUCUUGUCAAGAGAUAUGGAAACCCAAUAAUCAUUUUGAAUUUAAUUAAGACAAUAGAGAAGAAGCCCCGAGAAUCCAUACUUCGUGCUGAGUUUGCAAAUGCAAUUGAAUUUAUUAAUAAAGAUCUAUCAGAGGACAACCGCUUAAAAUUUCUCCAUUGGGAUCUCCACAAACAUUCUAGGAACAAAGCUGCAAAUGUUUUGGAACUACUUGGCAGAGUGGCUGUAUAUGCGUUGACCUUAACAGGUUUCUUAUAUUGUCAAGUAACACCAUCUUUGAGACCUGAGGGGUCUUUGAAGUUGGCCCACUUUGAGUGAGUGUUACUUUAAAAGUGCAUUGGCUAUUUGUAUUCCUAA